AUGUGGUUUAUUGCUGGUCUUGGCAAUCCUGGUUCACAAUACCAAAAUAACCGUCAUAACAUUGGUUUCAUGGCUGUUGAUGCCAUUUACCAGUCUUUCUCUUUUUCUCCAUGGUCGAAAAAAUUUCAGGCCGAAAUCGCCAAUGGUCUCAUAAAUGGUGAAAAAACCUUUCUUAUAAAACCUCAAACUUUCAUGAAUCUCUCCGGACAAGCCAUCGGUGAAGCCUUGCGGUUUUAUAAAUCAGAUUUGAAUCAUUUGAUUAUCAUUCAUGAUGAGCUAGACUUAACACCAGGAAAAAUACGUGUAAAAAUCGGCGGAGGAAAUAAUGGACAUCAUGGUAUAAAAUCCAUCGAUACCCAUUGCGGCACUAACUACUGCCGUAUACGCUUAGGAAUCGGACAUCCUGGUUCCAAAGAUCUUGUUCACCAGCAUGUUCUAGGAAAUUUCACAAAAUCCGACAAAGAAUGGUUACCCCUUCUCUUAGAGACACUUGCAAAAAGCAUGACUCUCCUUAUAAAAGGUGACAAAUCCCUCUUUAUAAAUAAAAUCUCACAAGCAAUGAAAAACAAAAACAUACGAUAA